AUGCGGCUAGGCGACGGAGGCUUGGAAGCGAAUUUGUUCCGCAUGCAUGUUUUCGUUGCACCUUUUGCAGGGCUGAUAUUUUGGGCGCUGGUGGACGACGCCAGACUGUUGUUAUUCCCCCCAAUGGCAGCUUUGGUGACCUUGCUGGUCACAUUCGCGCUGACGAAGCCAAUGGCCGAGGUGGUGCCAGUGUCGCCAGAUUUUCUUGCGACGACGGCGGCCAUCUCUUUGGCAUUCAAUGUGCGCCCAAAAUUGUGGAUUGACGUCGCUCAUUGUUGUCUCGGGCGCCCCCGGAGUCUGCGGUAG